AUGGAUGGAGUUCCGGACAAUGGAGGUGAACCGGUGGUGAUUGGAGGAAUGGUGCUUGACAUUAAUGCCAUCCCUUCUAUUGCCGCUAAUCCCAGAACCACUACUCCUGGAAAGCUAGCUGACAUCUUCAUCAAAGCAUUGGGUGGCCAGGAUAUCUCUGAAUUCGUAAAGCAAGUUGGCCAUUCGAAAUCUUCAUGCACCAACUUGACAGGGGUGGCAGCAGAAUGCAAGACUUCAAUUUGGUUUGAGCCUGUAUCUGUUGCAAAAUCUAAAAGAAUUGCUUCCUUUGUAGAAUAUAUAACUUAUACCUCACCCAAUGAGGACGAGCUUGUAGCCAUGGCAAAUGCCCUUUCUUCUCGAAAUAAUUUCUUACCAAUUCAAAGAGAUUCAAAUAGUUUUGACUCAUCUAUUGGCUCAUUAUUUCAAGUUCUAAAGCCUCCAGCAUGGGUUCUGCUUGAGAAAGGUGUUAAAGUAGUAAUUGUGACCCUCGGACCACAAGGUGUAUUCUUGUGCUUCGAAACAACUAGCGGACUGAAGAAACAAGAUUGCAAGAAAAAUGAACCAUUUUCUUUUAGUAGAAAAUUAUACGAAGCUAUAAAUUUAACUUGCCCUGCCAAUAAGAUAUUAGGCACCCUUGAGUCGAAAGGGAGCCAUAAUAUAGCUGUACAUUUCCCUGCACUAUCUGCCACAGUAGUUAGGCUUACGGGUGCUGGUGAUUGCUUGGCUGGCGGUACACUAGCUUCGCUGUGUUCGGGUUUGGAUAUAAUGCAGAGUGUCGCAGUUGGAAUAGCAGCAGCUAAAGGGGCAAUUGAAAAUGAAAACAAUGUGAUCCUAUAG